AUGACAAGUUCCCUCGGCACCACCUCGACGCCGCAAGAACGACAGCAAAAGCAAGAUGCGAGGAUACUGCACUUAGACGACCGGUCGCAAUGGCUCGCAUGGAAAACGGCCGAAGUGCUCUUCACCCUCCUCCUCAACAAGCAACUGCGCCGGCGCUGGCUCCUUGAGCAUAAGCAUGCGCAAUCCACCCCGGUCGCACAGAGGCUGCGGCCGAUCGCGUUGCUUGAACCGAUCCCGACGCCGACGGGCUGGUCAAAAUCGAAACGGCCGAGUGAUGUCAAAAUGGAUGCCCUCAAGUACCGCGUGCGGCUGCUGCGCGCCCGUGCGGAAAAGGGCAAGGAGCUUGUCGCUGAGAUGGAGCGGAGGAUCCAGCUGGGGGUUUUGCCCGGCCCGACCAGCUUCUGCCAUUCGUGCGUCGCAGUCGAUGGUCGUGAGGUGUUUCUCACCAAGUGUGGGCAUCGAGUCUGUCUGACCUGUGUGCGGUACAGUACCAAUGACCAGGGGCAGUACGAGUGUUGCAUUUGUUUUGUGCCGACCAGUUUUGUGUCUCGGAGGCGGACGCUUGGGCGACGGCGACGGUGA